AUGUCAACUAUAAAUGAUACCAAUACGAAUUUAGUCUGUAUAUUAUCCGGAACUGCCCUAGCGUACACUUUGCACCAUGCGUACAAAUUUGAUGGGUGUAGAUGUCUGAUACCAAGGAAGAAAGAGUGGUUUAGAGCGUUACUCACUUGGAUGCUCCUUAUGUGUGAGAUAGGGAUGUUAAUUUGGGGUGCAGGAUGGGCUUACGUUAAAUAUCACCUGGGAUGGAUGUACAUACCCCAGAUGGGUACUAUGCCAGUACCUACUCAGAUGUAUACAGAGGAAUAUAAAGCUCUGAAUACACCUUUGACGAUAUGGGUUUGCACUUCAUUCUCUCUACAAGUGUCUCUCAACGCCGAAGAAGGCUUGUACUGGUAUCAUCUCAUGCGGGCUCUGCAUCGUCCUCGAACGGGUAAAAGCUGGUUCCGCUCUCCAUUCUUCUUCACAUGGAUAGGAAUCAGUAUGAUCACUCCCAUUGCUAUCAUAUGCACAGCCUGGAUAGGGUAUGAAAGUAUGGAGUCACAGAUGGGUAGGAUGUUCGUAGCUGGAGGUGCCAUUGAAGCUAUCGUUUGCGUGGCUGCUUCGACUGUGGUAUUCAAGUUCCCAAGGUUCCUCAAAGAUGUGAGAUUAUCGGGUGCAGGUCCAGAAGUCAGAUCGAGAUUACACUUUUAUCACCAAGCCAACAAAGUACGGACUUUCUUCAGGGCGCUCUUCACUAUCUGUGUCCUCACUUUAGGAAUAGAUGCUCUGACUAAAGAGAUGAAGAUCAACCUCAAUCAUAUCGCUGCUGACCUUUUACAUCAGUUGAGUUUCGGAUCUUACUUUUUCGCGAACAUAAUCUCAGUCAUGGUCUACCUCCCAAGGGACUACAACACCUCCGCCCACCCUCAACAAAUUAUGGUCGGACAACCUCCCGCAACCUCACCAUUCAAGUAUCCCGCUUCGCCCAAUAAGCAUAGGACGAGUCAGACGUUGAUGUCGUUAUUGAGAGAAGGUGGACAAUGGGACGAAGAGGAUGAUUUGAGGAUAGCACUAGCCAAGGGCGAUGGCUCGCCGGGGGAAUUGGGGUAUCAUACCCCUUGGCCUCAAGGUGGGGAUGAUGAGCUGGGAGUGUAUCAAGAUGGAAGAAAAGCUAGGAGGUUGACACCUUUGCAAAAUUGGACCACACCGUUUGGCAUCCCAUCGAAGCAAACGAAAGCUGGAUAUCCACUAAGUGAUGUGCAGAGAACGGACUUCUCACGGGCUUGA